CUCCUCAGCCGAACGCCGAGCGCUCGAUCGCCGACCCUCCUCCCGCCCUCGGAGCCAAUAAUCCGCUAUGGAGCGCGCUUUCACCCCGCUGGAGCCCCUGCUUCCCUCUGGGAAUUUGAAGUACUGCCUUGUGAUUCUUAAUCAGCCUCUGGACAGAUAUUUUCAUCAACUUUGGAACAAAGCUCUUUUAAGAGCCUGUGCCGAUGGAGGUGCCAAUCGCUUAUAUGAUGUCACAGAAGGAGAGAGAGAAAGCUUUUUGCCUGAUCUCAUCAGUGGAGAUUUUGAUUCAAUUAGACCUGAAGUCGGAGAGUACUACACUGUUAAGGGAUGUGAACUUAUUCCAACUCCUGAUCAAGACCACACGGACUUCACUAAGUGUCUUAAAGUGCUCCAGAAGAAGAUUAAAGAAAAAGACCUACAGGUUGAUGUGAUUGUGACCCUGGGAGGCCUUGCUGGACGUUUUGACCAAACUAUGGCAUCCGUGAAUACCCUAUUCCAAGCCACUCACAUCACUCCUUUGCCAACGAUAAUAAUCCAAGAGGAAUCUCUCAUCUGUCUUCUCCAACCGGGAAAGCACAAAUUGUGUGUAGACACUGGAUUGGAAGGAGACUGGUGUGGCCUUAUUCCCGUUGGACAGCCCUGCAACCAGGUUACAACAACAGGCCUGAAGUGGAACCUCAAAAAUGACAUUCUUAGUUUCGGAACACUGAUCAGUACUUCCAAUACCUAUGACGGGUCUGGCGUUGUGACUGUGGAAACUGACCAACCGCUGCUCUGGACCAUGGCCAUCAAACACUAGCCUAUCCAGGUGUGCCUCUGCGAGACCUCAAGGACAACAUACUGCUCAAAUCCAACAUGCACUUGGGUUUCAGGAAUCUCAGCAUCUCCGUGGGGAGCCCAGCACUCUUAUAGUUUAGAUAAUCCAGGUAUUAGUGUUAAUGUCAAUUCGCAAUUUUACAGGAGAAUACUAUUUAAUUAAUAUGUAAUUUCUAUUACCUUUAUUUGGAAAGCUAAUGUGUGUCAUUCCACUGUGAAACUCAAGACCAAUUAUUAUUAUGUCAACAAUCAUUCCAUUUUUCCUAGAGAAUUUUUAAUUUUGAAGCAGAAAAGUCUCAGCUGAGGUUCCUCUUGGAGUCUACCACAUCCUUGAAUGCUUAACAACAAGUACUACCUCUAAGUAUCUGUCAAAAUUGGAUUCCUCUAUGUAAUAUAGAUUAUUGGGAAGAAAAAUCCUUCCAGAUUGGGAUGUUAGAACUGCAUUUUUCUCUGGCCUUAUUACUGUCUUUAGUGUUGUCAUUUUAAAAUAAAUCAAGAGCCAGUAAUCCAGUUUUAAAUUUGAAAACAGGUGGUUAUGUAAGCUACAGGUGAAGAGAGAAAUGAUGUGAAAGAUAAAUGAUAAUUCAUGGGGCUGGCGCUGUAGCAUAGCAGGUGGAAGCCACUGUCUGCAAUGCCUGCACCCCAUAUAGGCUCCAGUUUGAGUCCAAGGUGCUCCUCUUCUGAUCCAGGUCUCUGCUGUGGCCUGGGAAAGCAGUGGAGGACGGCCCAAGUGCUUGGACCCCUGCACCCACAGGGAAACCUGGAAGAGGCUGCAGGCUCCUGGCUUCAGAUCAGCCCAGCUCCAGUCAUUGCAGCCAUUUGGGGAGUGAACCAGCAGAUGGAAGACCUCUAUCUCUCUCUGUCUCUCUGAUUUAUUUGAAAGGCAGAGUUACAGUCUUUUAAAAAAUGAUAAUUCAUGAUGCCCUACUUACAUGUUAAACCCAAACUCAGAAGUAGGCACGCUAAGUUUUAGUGGGCGAUAGGCCGCAUCAUCGGUACAACCUAGACCAAAAAGUUGCAGAGGAGAAAGUUAAGCAUAAACACCGAAUUGUUUCUGACAUACCUCGGACUUGGAAAAUGUUGGUUUAUAGACCACCAGUGUAUUCAGAUGACCAGGAAAUCAGUUUGUCCAUGUUGAUAAAUGAAUAUCUAAGGAGGCUACACCUGAAGCCUGUGCCUUUUGUCCCAAUCUGCCGUUCACCAACAUCCCCUGGAGCCCUCCUUCCUUAGCAGGAAAAUGGAAGGGCUGGACUGGUUUUAUCGGACAUUCCUUCCACAUCCAAAUUCUCAGCAGCUGUAAGGCAGAUAAUAGGAGUGCACACUAUUACUGAUGUAGCCAGCUUAAACCAGGCAGGAGGUGUCGUCAUGCUCCCGUUACGAGACUCGUAUCUUCUUCCUAUCCUUGCCUGUGCCGUUUAGUAAACCCGACCUUGUCGUACAGACCUUGACUAAGGAGAACCUGCCCAUCGUGUUCUGUGCAUCCAGAAUCCCAUUACUGUAAGAAAAGUGAUCAACAACAGCAUGAGGCACAGAUUGUAAAGGGAAAGUGAAAAAGGGGUCUGUUGAACUAGCCUAGCCUGCCAUUCUAAAGUUACUCAUUAGAAAUAAUUGUUAAUUUUAUGCAGAUGUGAGAUUAGCAUCAUAUUAAA